AAUGACGAGGAACAAAUGGCGAUACUGUUCAAUAAAACUUUGGAUUAUUUGAUACCACGACGUCGUUUAUUGGACGAUCAUAAUUCCUAUAAUUAUUCUAAACUCAAAGGAACUCAACGAUCCAACAUUUCUAUUAAUACCAAUGAGAAUAAUCUUGCAACGUCGACAUGGUCAUCGGAUGUAACAGUUAACACGGAAUAUUUUUCUAAUACACCAAUCAUUUAUGAAGAUUCAACGCGUGUUAGAAGAAAAAGAAAUGCAUUGGAAGAUGAAAAUCAGUCAAAGUUUGACGAGGAACAUGAAACUGAUGAUAAAAUGAACAAUAAACGUUCAUCAUCGUCAUCAUCAUCAUCAUCUGAUAACGAUGACAGUGGGGAUCAAAGUUCGAAUGUAGAAAAAUCUGAAAGUGACGAGCUCGAAGAUUACAACGAAGAAUCCAACGACAACGAAACGGAUGAUCAAGAAAAUGUAGUUCAAUCCAAGGAUGCGAAAAUGAAACGAGAAAGUUCGGAUUACGAUUACGCUGAAGAUCAGGAUAAUAAAUCAUCGAACGAUGUUAGAGUUAAACGGGACGAAACUAAACAGACCAACGACAAGACUAUUGUAAAACUCGAGGAUGAAAAUCCGAAAAACAACGAAUUAAUUUCGUCGAACAAAAUUGACAUAGAUAAGAGCAAGGAAUCGGAUGAGAAAAAGGAAGAUUUAUCGGACGAGAAAAAAUUAACUAAAGAGGAAGAAGAAAAUGGGGAAUACGAGAAACGCGUAGAGGAAAAAAUCAAACGUAAAAUAGAUUCGAUAAAGGAAGAGAUCAAACGUGAAAUAGAAAGGAAACGUAGGGAUCGUGAAAUCGAAAAGAACAAUGCCAAAUUCGAUGAAAUUCAGAAUAAGGAUAACGAAGAACAAGAGAACCCAAAUGAGGAGAUUUCUAAUGUCGAUGAAAAAAUAAUUUCCAAAAGAUCGUCCGACGUUGUAGUUAGGCCUAAAAGAAAAAUGGAAAAAAGAAGAAGAAGAAGAGGAAGAGUAGGAAGAGGUGGAGGAAGAGGAGGAGGAGGAGUAAGAAGAAGAAGAAGAAGAAGAAUAACAUCAUCGAAUGAUAAUGAUAAAAUUAUGCAUCGUUUGGAAGAAAUCGAAGGUGUUGAUAAUCUCAGAGACGAUGAUUAUCGAAUUGCUGAAUCGAUUCGCGAAAGUAAUAUUAAAAAAAGAUUUGCAACCGAAGAAAGAUCCGUUAAGGGAGAAUCGAUUAGGAAUAAUGACAUUUCUAUGAACAAGUCGCCCGUUAAAAAACGCGAAAAGGUACGACAAAUGUUUAUCGUUAAGGAUGACAGCGACAAGAGACGUAGGAAGAAGAAAAAAAGAAAAGUCAAUAAGAACGAGGAGGAGGAACGCGAUUUAACGUUUGAUCCAAAUUUACUUCGUAGAAAUCAACGAGCGCUUGACGAGAAGAAGAGCCAAUCCGAUUUGAGAGCUUUGGCAUCGUCGGCGAAGGAUUCGAAUAGACGAUUAAUUACGGAUUACAAUGAAGCUUUCGGUGGUCUUCAGAGUCUUCGAGAUAAUCCUAAUGGAGCUUUGACCAGAUUUAAAAGGAUCAAACGUGUUCUACAAAAUUCACGAACUUCACAUAAAAAUAAACUAUCGGAUUAAUGCACACGUGUCGUAUUAAAAAAAAAAGGGAAAAAAAAAAAGAGAAAAAGAAAAAGUAACGUACACAUUACCCAAUUUAAAUAUAAAAUUAUUUUUCCAAUUAAUUUAUUAACAACUAUCUGUAAUAUCUAGGAACUAUAUAGUAGAAAGUUAAUAAUAAAACAAAUUCUUAUAUUUAAAAAGAAACUCGAAUAAAUUGCGUUCGUAAUAAUAAUAAUA